AUGCCAAUUCAAGACAAGCCAGCCAAAACAGUUAACAGGAAACUAGUAGGAAGGAGGCGGAAGAAGAGAAGAACCGAGGACUUUUCAUCAUCUUCCGAGUCUUCGUCAUCAAGCUCAUCGGAUAAUGAUUCAGACGAAGAAAAGAUACAAGACAAAGAUAAUACAGAAGCAGUCGCAUCACAAUCAUUAGAUCAUGAUAUGGACAUUGAUAUAAACUCUGAUGUAGAGGAAGACAAGAAAGAAAACUCAAAAGUUCCUGACAACUUAUCCAUAGAACAAAAAAAACAAUUGGACGCCAUCCCAUUCACAACAACUAGCGUAUCACGAGUAACUAACACAAAUACCGCAUCAGCACUCAAAACAUUACCCAAUGUGGCAGAAACCUCUAGAUCCAUUGACUCUACAAAACAAGAAUUGAAUUCAAAGUUUUUGAAGCUUAUGACUAAAGAGUUUGGUAACGAUUUGGAUGAAUUACGACAAAAACCAGAUUUCAAUGGUAAAUCACUAGCUACAUUGGCAAAAGUCUUGCAAUCUGGUGUCAAUAUGUUUGACUUUGACACCGUGCAAGCAUUGGUUGAAGAAGAGUCGAAACUGACAAAUUAG